AGCUGAUCCAAUCAGGCACCACCAUUUAAAGGGGGUGAUGGCUGUCACAUGGUUAAACCUGCUUCCUGUUUAUCGGCUGUUUUACUUCGGUAUCUGUUGCACAGCUUGCGACACCACUCGGUAUUGCUGAGGCUGUUAUCCACUUCUAUUUUGCUACCUUCCAGCGACAGGACAGUUUACUGUAUACAUUUAACAGUUUAUGGUCGUGGUUUCUAAGGAGACAGGAAGACAUGGCACUGAGGAAACGUGAGUAGGCCGGGAAGGAUCCUGGAGAUUUCCUGACUCCAGGGCUUUGAUUUGGUGGAAAAGACGAACGAUAGGCUACGCCUGGGGACCUGAGCUAGCCUGUUAGCUAGUCUUGCUAACCUCUGUAGCCUGCAGCGGCAGCAGCUGUGGUUUGAGUGACCGGCUUUACGGGCUGGCUAACAGGCUGUGUUUGGAGAGUGGAACGGUUCGCUGGUGCCCUGAAUUCAAGAAGACUCCCCGGCUCCGGCUCCCUCAAGCGGGCAGUCAGGAAAAAGCUGGCUGGGAAGGGAUGGCCUGGUCGGUCUCCCCGUCCCAGAGGACAAGGCUCAGCGGUGUUUGAAGGAGGUCGAGUGCGGCUCGAAGCCACCGCAGCGGGUCGAGGCACUAUGACGGACACCCACCUCCCCACGGCCGGCGGCUUCCCGGCUCCCGGGCUGUUGGUCAGAAAGAGUGAAGAAAUAACGGAUUUGAUAGACCUGUUUUCCAAGACGCAGUACAGGGCAAAGGAAGUCACUCCUCAGGUGGCGGCCAUAGAGACACGCUGUCUGCAGCUGUUUGCCAGAGAUUACAAGUACAGCAUCAUCCAGAACGCCAACGGAGAAGUGUGUGGACACUACCCCCGACAGAUAGUUUUCCUGGAGUAUGAAUGCCUAGAUGUGGAGAAAGACAGGUUUGAGAGCACGGUGCAGAUCUCUAAGCUGCAGGACCUAGUGAACCGGAGUAAGAUGGCUCGCUGUAGAGGGAGGUUCGUCUGUCCAGUCAUCCUCUACAAUGGCAAGCAUAUAUGCCGAUCAUCCACACUGGCAGGCUGGGGGGAGCUGUAUGGACGCACAGGCUACAACUACAUUUUCUCAGGGGGCAGUGAUGACACAUGGACGGAGUCGGAGGAGUUUCCAGAGGAUGACAGGGUAGUCAGGAACGGUGACUCCCAUCUCUUCGAUAAGGUUCGAGGUUAUGACAUUAAGCUGCUGCGUUACCUGUCAGUUCGCUACAUCUGCGACUUAAUGGUGGAGAACAAGAAGGUUAAGUUUGGCCUCAAUGUGACGUCAUCAGAGAAGGUAGACAAGGCCCAACGCUAUGCAGACUUCACUUUGCUUUCUGUGCCUUACCCAGGUUGUGAGUUUUUCAAGGACUACAAAGACAGAGAUUACACAGCAGAGGGUCUGGUGUUUAACUGGAAUCAGGACUUUGUGGACGCUCCUUUGACAAUCCCCAGGUGCUUUACUCACAACUUGAACAUUGACUGGACUCAGUACCAGUCAUGGGACCUGGUGCAGCAGACCCAGAACUACCUGAAGCUACUUCUCCACAUCAUCAAUAGUGAUGAUGAUAGCGGCCUCCUGGUGCACUGCAUAUCAGGAUGGGACAGAACGCCUCUGUUCGUGUCUCUCCUCAGGCUCUCUCUCUGGGCAGAUGGUGCAGUGCAUGCCAACCUGGAGCCCACAGAGAUUCUGUAUCUGACUAUCGCUUACGACUGGUUCCUCUUUGGUCACAUGCUGCCAGAUCGACUCUCCAAAGGGGAAGAGAUUUUCUUUUUUUGCUUUAAUUUUUUGAAGCACAUUGUUUCAGAGAAGUUCUCUACAGUUAAAAAGCAGAGUUUUAGAAGAAAGAACUCUCACUUCAAAGACGGUGAUUUCACUGUGGAAGAGCUCUGCCAGUUGAAGUCCAGGGACCGUGGCAGUGUGACUAGUUUGAGCAGUGACUUUUCCCUCAUCACUGAAGAGAUUGCUAGUGGAUCAAGCUUGACCAAUGACACUGUGGACCUGUCCUCCAGUCAGCCCCAAGCCUCCAACUGGAGAAAAGGCAACACUUCCUCUUCUCCAAUGGUGGUUUGGAAUAAACAGAACCCUUUGGACGACCGCCUCUCCCACACAGCAAAUGACGCCAGGUCUUCUAGCUCCUCAUCCAAUCAGUCGGAGCAUGGCGACACUCGUACUGGCAGCAGCCCAUUGGCUGUUCCAGGGAGAAGGUUAGCAGCGGACUGUGCUCGGUCAAGUUCCUCCCUCUCUACAGAUUAUGGUAGUUGGCAGAUAGUUUCCGGUUGUGGCAGCAUCCAUGACCAUACCCAUUUCCCUCCACCUUUGGCCUCGGCCUCAUCCUCCAACUCAUCUACUGCUAUCGCUGCCUACGACUCCCCCCUGCCAUUCAGCUUUCAGGAUGAAGCCAGUGGACGAAUGUGUUCCUUCCCCUCUGAGCGUCAGGCCCGUCUGGAGGCAGUACGUGAAGCCUUCUUGGCAGCCUACAGCUCCACUGUCGGCCUCAAAUCCACAGCUCCCAGCCCCUCUGGUGCCAUCUCCGGCCUGCUGGAGCAGUUUGCCCGUGGGGUGGGCCUCCGCGGCAGUAACGCCAUCGUCUGAGCCUCUUGAUGGGACCCUGGACCCUCCUGCUUACAUCAGUUGAUUCAGCAUGUCUGUGCCAAACAAUCCCCUCCAAUUUUAGGGGUGAAGCAUUAUUUUUUAAUAUUUUAAUAUAUUUUUUAUUUUUUAACAUGCCCUCCAUUUUAUUUUAUUUUUCCCCUGUGGACUUUAAAUGUCUGAGGUUUUUGUCACAUUCAGGAAGGGAAUGGUUUCAAAAAGGGAUGGUGAUAGAUUUAGAGGUCUCCUGUUAUUACAGUGUAAAGAAUUCUGCCUUGGCCUGUUUAUAGAUUUGUAACUCCAUGUCCAGUAAACAAUAUCACUUGAUUUCUUUUGCUUAUGCUGCUGUCUUCACUGAUCCAAACAGUUCUGUAGUUCUACUGGGCAGUAGAAAUGAGACAAGAACUUGAUGGGUCCCCCCCCCCUCAAAUUGUCUCCUAAAAACAGAAAAGAUUCGAUGCUGUUCAGAUUUUGAAUCUGGCUCAGUACUUUAUCCGAUCUGUUUUACUGCAUAGAGCUUCAUAUUUGUGGGGGUCUAAAGUUAAAGGGCUUUUGGUGUUGACGUUCCCAUACAGGAAACGUUUAGAAUAGUUGACUCCUGCGCUUUUUGAUUUUUUUGUUCCCCCAAUGACCCAUGAAAGCUUUAGCUGAAAGACCUUGUAUAGUCUGACCUUUGUCAACUUGGUUUAAAGAGGACUCUAUUAUGCUGCUUUCUUAUUUUACGAACUACUCAAUGCCAGAUAUUUGGUGCCUUGAAGUGGAACAAAAUAAUAUUGGACAAUAAAAACUUGGUAAAAACUGAAAUUUUUCUCCAACAAUGCAGUUUGGCUUUUGUUGGCACCAUUAACUGAACAAGCCAAAUGCUGUCUAUUUGGUUAUUACUCUGUUUGAACCUCUACUUUGACUGGUGGAAACAGGACUGUGGCCAAAAGGCUGGUUAAGACCAGUUAUCAGCAACAGUCUUUUGAACGUUUCAAGCUGACAGCGAGACACUGCAGAGGUUAUCGCUCAAGUCAAAAUGCUAAGGUGUAUAUGGAUGCAUUGCUUUUAAACUCUUGUCCAGGGAAGCUCGAUAUCAUACUACAUGCAAAUAAAUUAGUCUGACAGAUCGAAUUAUUUGCUUUGUAAUUUUUAUAGGAAACGCUUAAAUUUCAGGAGCUAAGAUUUACAUUAACCCUUUUUUUUGGGUUGAGUAGUUGCAAGAAAAAAACUGACCUUAGAUUUAUGUGAUACUUUAAACUUUUAUAGAAAAAGACUAAAUAUAAGGACUGUUCCGUCAUGGCUCUCACAGGGUUGAUUAUUAUUAUUAUUAUUAUUAUUAUUAUUAUUAUUAUUAUUAUUAUUAUUAUUUUUCUUUUAACCUUGCCAAUUACAGUAUCACCAUAUUGACUCAUAUCUGUUAAAGGUUUAGUGACUGUGAAGAAGCACUGAGCAUUGUGGUAGCAGAUAUGAACUAAAGGCCUUUUCGAUGUUUCUCGUCCCUCCAGUGAAGGGAGGUCUGCUUCAUUCCUGCCAGUACUGAGAUUCCUGCCCAGCUAUUAUCACAUUCACCUCCUUUCAGGUCACACGGGGACUUUCCUGCCCACUCAGUUGGGUCAGUUCAUACUUAAGUUGUAAACUAGCCUAUCGGUGUUGCCAAACUGUUUGACAGUUGCUGUACCUCAGGGCCUUUCUGUUGUGCCUUUUUUCUUUUUCUUUUUUUUUUUUUUGUCCCGCCUCUUAAUUUAGCACUGGAUGAGUCUUCUGUCCAGUUUCAGGUAUAUUUUCUGUUAAAUGUGUGCAUUUAAUUUUUAAACAUUUUUGUUAAAGAGCUUUGUCUUAAGAGUUGACUGCAGUGAAACCUGUGAGGCUUUCAUGUGGUUGCGGUUUGUACAAUGACAUAACGCUGAGUUUUGUGGAGAUGUUGGAUAUCGGGCAGCAGUCUUUCAGUUCUGCCUCUGUAAAUGGCAGUUGCUGAAAAUGACUGGUAUCGUAAUUUUUAUUUUUUUUAUGAAUAUAAUAUCCUCUUGGGAAUUUUGGGAAAUGUACUCAGGAUUGAGAUGAAAAGGCUGGCACCAGUGUUUCUGGGAUAAGUGCAGCGCUACAACAGAAUGUCUAGCCAUGAUUUGGAUCAAGAAAGAUUAAAUCUUAGUUUAAAAGAAGACUUUAGCGCUUUGUUAUAUAGACGGUCUUAUAGGAGAGUGGAACAGCUUUGAA